CCCCCACUUCCCAUCACUGUACGCGGUGGGUAGGGCAAGGUCACAACGCCGCUUAGUCUUCGUGCGUUGGCCUUUCUUAGUUAUCAUCUAUCCUUUGCUGUUAAUACUACGACGAAGGGUGUCUUUACAAUCUGUGCCGUUAUAAUAAAUGACUCAUGACUUCAAAUACAACUCAAAAUGGCUUUUGUGGGUCAAACUUUUGGGACAAAGAACUCUCGUGGGAGACGGAGAACCCAAGGCUCCCCUUGUGUUUCGAGAAGACAGCUCUGGUGUGGGGACCAUGUCUGCUGCUCUGGUUGCUCACACCUCUCGAGCUGUUUGCCAUAUUCCGCAGCAGGUGUAGAGAUGUGCCAUGGAGGUUUACAAAUAUAACGAAAGCAUUGGUGAACAUGUUUUUGAUUGCGUUGAGUGCCACGAGCUUGCUCUGGUCUGUUCUUUUACGCCUGACUGGAGAGAAGAUUUACCCAGUGGACCUCUGGACACCAAUAAUAUCUACAGCCACUUUUAUAUUGGCGUUGGUGCUGUUGACGUGGGAUAGGGUGAGAGGACUUCAAACUUCAGGAGUGCUGUUUGUGUUCUGGCUAACUCUGAGUGUGGCUGGUGUGGCGCAGUUUCUUACUGAAAUUGGACAACUCAACUUAGUGGUGGGCAGCAGUAACGAUAUGUAUUCUGAAGAACUGAAGCACAAGAUAGUCAUGUACAUGGCCUACUAUCCUGCUGUAGUGUUAAUGUUGGUGCUAAAUAUGUUUGGUGAUCCACCACCGAGAAUAACAGACUAUCCUAAGUACCAGAAAAUAUGUCCUGAAGUCCAGGCUUCAUUUGCUUCACGAGUAGUUUUUGGAUGGUUUGACCAAAUGAUCUGGAAGGGUUUCCGAAAUCCUUUGACCGUUGCAGAUCUCUGGGACUUACGGUAUCAAGACUCCUCUGCCCAGGUAGUGAAGAGAUUUGAGGAAAACUGGAAAAAGUAUAAUAAAAAACCAGAAUAUGUAGAAAAGGAUAAAAACACUGCUAUAGACGGAAGUCUCCCAAAAAAAGGAAAAGUGCCAAAGAAACGAGUUUCCAUAUUUGGUGUUAUAUUUCGAACUUGUUGGAUUUCUAUUUUGGCUGCAGCACUCACCAAAUUAAUAGGAGAUGCAUUUUCUUUUGUAAAUCCACAGAUUUUGCUCCUGAUGAUCCGAUUCGUCGACAGCAAGGAGUUCAUGUGGAGAGGGUUCGUAUACUCUGUUGCCCUGUUUGUUAUGGCAGAACUUCAGACGCUCUUCAACCACCACCACAUGAUGAACAUGUACAUUGUGGGGCUGAACUGCAGAACUUCAAUCAUGUCGGCUAUUUACAAAAAGGCACUGCGCAUCUCCAACUCUGCACGUAAAACGUCUACAGUGGGAGAGGUGGUAAACCUGAUGGCAGUGGAUGUCCAACGAAUUGCAGACUUUGCACCCGCCGCACAUAUGUUCUGGACAAGUCCAAUUAUUAUUCUCUGUACUUUGUCUUUCCUCUGGAACAUACUUGGUCCAGCUACUUUAGCAGGUCUGGCUGUCAUGUUUAUUGUCUUGCCUCUCAAUACAUUUAUUGCAAAGAAAGUGAAAACUCUACAGAUGAUACAAAUGACAUAUAAAGAUGACAGGGUGAAGCAGAUGAAUGAAAUACUGUCAGGAAUUAAGGUUUUAAAGCUAUAUGCUUGGGAACCAAGUUUCAAGGAGCAGAUUCUUAAGAUCAGAGACAAAGAAAUCUCAGUGUUAAGGAAAGCUGCUCUUUGGAAUGCUUCAACUUCUUACGUUUGGCUCUGCUCCUCUUUCCUGGUAUCAUUUACGACAUUCAGUGUAUUCGUGUUCCUGGACGAGCGCAACGUCCUCACUCCAGAAAUUGCUUUUGUGUCAGCUGCUCUCUUCAAUGUCAUACGGAUUCCUAUCUCCUAUUUCCCAACAAUGGUUCAGUUGUUGGUACAGUUUAUGGUGGCUUUGGGAAGAAUCAAUAAUUUCAUGAAUGCUGACGAACUGGAUUUAGAGUCAAUUUCCCAUGACAAAAGCAAAAGAGAAACUCUCAUUAUAGAGGGUGGAAUAUUCUCUUGGGGGACAGUAGAUAAAUUGCCCACUCUACGCAACAUCACACUCAAGAUAAAGCCAGGCCAGUUGGUAGCAGUUGUGGGAGCUGUUGGCUCUGGCAAGAGUUCCCUCAUCUCUGCCUUUCUAGGGGAGAUACACAAGAUCUCUGGAUAUGUCAACACUAAGGGCAGAAUAGCAUAUGUGCCUCAACAGGCUUGGAUUCAGAAUGCUACAGCUAGAGAAAAUAUUUUAUUUGGAAGCAAGGUUGACAAUAAAAAAUACUUAAAUACAGUGAAAGCGUGUGCCCUCAUUCAAGAUUUUGAGAUGCUACCGGGUGGAGAUUCCACAGAGAUUGGAGAAAAGGGUAUCAACCUGAGUGGAGGCCAGAAGCAGAGAGUGAGCCUGGCUCGAGCUGUAUAUAAUGAUGCAGAUAUUUAUCUGCUGGAUGAUCCUCUCAGUGCUGUAGACUCUCAUGUCGGCAAACACAUAUUUGAAAAUGUCAUCGGACCUACAGGAGUGCUAAAAAAUAAGACCAGGAUACUAGUAACCCACUCUGUUACUUUCCUGAAUCAAGUGGAUAACAUUGUGGUGCUGAAAGCAGGGGAGAUUACAGAAAUGGGAACAUUCAAAGAAUUGUUGGCCAAAAAAGGAGAAUUCUCUGACUUUCUAGUGCAGCACAUCACAUCAACUAACGAUCCUGAGCUUGAAACAGAGAUUGAAGAAAUGAUUGAUGACGACAAUGACAAAGCCGUUCUAAAAACUAAGUUAAAACUGAGCAGAUCUGAAUCUGUAGUAUCUGCGGCACUGAGUAGAUCUGCAUCUACGAAAUCUGCUUUACUGAGUAGAUGUGGGUCUUCAAAGUCAGCAUUACUGAGUAGAUCUGGAUCUGCAAGAUCUGCACUCAUUACUGACAGUUCAAUACCUGAAGACACAGGCUGUGACCAGAGUCGCUUUAACUUAGACAAGCUGAUCCAGACUGAGAAAACAGAGACAGGCAGUGUCAAGUGGAGUGUGUAUGGUCACUACAUUAAGUCUGCUGGCAUAAUUAUUUCUCUCUCGACAUUGAGCUUUCAAAUUUUGUCACAAGCCCUGGCAGUCACGGCUAAUAUGUGGUUAUCAGCUUGGACUAAGGACUCAACAGCUGUUGUGGACGGAGUUCAGGACUUACAGAAGCGCAACUUCUACCUGGAGAUCUACACUAUGCUCGGUUUUGGCCAGAUGGUUUUUGCAGUAAUAAGUGCAGUGACCUUGGCAUUUGGCACAAUCUUGGCAUCUAAAUACCUUCAUGCUUCAAUGCUAUCCAAUAUUCUGCGGUGUCCUAUGAGCUUCUUUGACACAACUCCAACUGGAAGAAUUGUGAAUCGUUUUGGAAAAGAUGUUGAUGUCCUUGACAUUACACUUCCAACUUCAAUCAGCAACACUUUAUCAAUGACUUCAAUCGUGUUGGGGGCUCUUGUGGUCAUCUCAUGGUCUACCCCUAUAUUUCUUGUGGUAAUUUUUCCUGUUGGAUUGAUCUACUAUGUUCUACAGAAAGUGUAUGUGGCAACCUCUCGUCAACUGAAGAGAAUUGAAUCAGUUUCACGCUCUCCGAUCUUCUCCCACUUCAGUGAGAGUAUCUCCGGUGCCUCAUCAAUUCGAGCUUACGGUGUUGAGAAACGUUUUAUCAAAACUUUAGAGGAUAGAGUAGAUGCCAAUCAAGUGUGCCUUUAUCCAAGCAUUGUGUCCAACAGGUGGCUGAGUGUUCGUUUGGAGACAGUAGGCAACGUUUUAAUUUUCUUUGCAGCUUUGUUUGCUGUGUUGGGAAGAGAUGAGUUGGACUCCGGAAUUGUUGGGCUUUCCAUUAGUUAUGCUCUUCAGAUCACUUCAAUACUCAACUACGCUGUGCGUAUGGCUUCGGAGGUGGAGACAAACAUUGUCUCAGUCGAGAGGAUUAAAGAGUACGCUGAAGUUCCUCAGGAAGCAGCUUGGGAGACUCAGUUGAAACCUAAUCCUGAGUGGCCAAGCAAAGGCACUGUUUCAUUCAAAAACUAUCAAGUAAGAUAUCGGAAAGGACUGGAAUUGGUGCUUAAAGGUGUGACCUUCACUGUUCAUGGUGGAGAGAAGAUUGGUAUAGUUGGUCGCACUGGAGCAGGCAAGUCCUCUCUCACCCUGUGUCUGUUCCGUAUACUAGAAGCUGCUGGAGGACAUAUUUAUAUUGAUGGUCAGGACAUCUCUGAGAUUGGACUGGGAGAUCUCAGGUCCAAACUUACCAUCAUUCCUCAGGACCCAGUUCUAUUCUCUGGGACCCUUCGCCAGAAUCUGGAUCCAUUCGAGAUGCAUAGUGAUUCCGAUGUGUGGCAAGCCUUAAAGCUAGCUCACCUUGGGGAGUUCACAGAAACCCUAUCUGAUGGUCUCUUCCACACUAUUGCUGAAGGUGGGGAGAACUUAAGUGUUGGUCAGAGACAGCUGAUAUGUCUGGCUCGAGCACUGCUGAGGAAGACUCAGGUGUUGAUCCUGGACGAGGCAACAGCCGCCAUUGACUUGGAAACUGAUGACUUGAUACAGCAAACAAUACGCAGAGAGUUUCGAAAUUGUACAGUGCUCACAAUAGCUCACAGACUCAACACCAUCAUGGACUCUGACAGAGUUCUAGUGCUUGACAAAGGAACUAUCUCAGAGUUUGAGUCACCUUUAAGUCUUCUAAAAAGACCUUCAUCAAUAUUCUAUAGAAUGGCAAAGGACGCUGAUAUAGUAUAGUUAAAAUAUCUAGAUAUUAUUAGAAACACGUCUUGCAACCAUUCCAUUAACCCUCUUUCUGGUAUUUGAUAACUAUCCACCUAGUAAAGACCACCUUAUUUUGGUAAACAACAGUUAUCCGCCUAAUAACCAUAUACUCACUCUUGUAUUUGUUUCAAUGCAAAAUGUACUCUUCUCAGCAUGCUUAGAAUAUAACCUAGGUAACUACAUUUGGCUUUCACGCUAAUGUCAUUAGUCAUGUUACACCAUUAUGGUGUAAUUUGUUUGGUUGCCAGUAGUUGUUGGUUGCUUGUGUGUUAUUGUUAUUGUUGUUUCAUUCGUUAUCAUGCAGUCAGUAGUGUAUUGUUAAUAUUUAGUAUUGCGAUUUCAUAUUUUAAAUAGUGUUAAAAUGUGUGUGUAAGUAUGUUUACCAUUGUGUUUACAUUUUUGAUGGCAGACAUUUUUAUACUCAACAUGUAUCAGUUUUAUGGCCUUAUCAAAUUUUAUAGCCUUAGAAAGCAGAAGCACAAUAACACAGAUGUUAUAUUCUUUACAAACUACAUACAAUUAAAUUGCUUAUAGCUAGCUCUAUCUAAUUAAUAUUUUAUUAUAAGUAGAUUUGCAAAACAGACUUAUUAGUCUUAUACUUGUAUGUUAUUCUCUAUUAUUUUUGCUCUAUUGAUAAAAAUAAUUGUAUACAAACCCCCAUUUUUAUAAUUUUUCAAUGAAUAAAUUUGCAACAAAUACCAGAAAUAUACAUUUUAUCUAUGACUUGACAAAAUUCUCCAUUUCUUCAUGAAAAAAGUGAUGUACAUAAUCUAUGUUAUUUUAUAAUUAUAAUUUUUGCUGUACAUACAUGUGCAUAAUACUCAAACAUUAUCUGCCAAUUAGGUGUGGAAUGGCUACCAGAAGGAGGGUUAUAGGGAUCUUACCGAACAAUAAAUUUAUAAAGUUACAAUGUAUAGGUUAUGACGGGUAAAGAAAAUGAGAAUGUAGAUAAGGAUAAAUGUAAUGAGUAGAGGAAAGGGGGUUCCCUCUCAUGCCAUUCUGCCAAAGAGCUAAUGAACUUUUAAAAAUAUCCAGCUGAAAAGAGAUGCUCUCGUAGCCACCAUAAUAAUAUGAUUGUUUCAUUAAGUAGAUGUAUUUCAUGUAAGUUUGUUACUUCCAUGUAUGUCAUGCUUAACAUUACUGUCUAUAACCGACAUACUAUAUAUAUAUAUAUAUAUAUAUAUAUACCUAGAGUGAUUGUUUUUAGAGUGGCUAAUAUAGACUGAAGCGACAGCUGUUUCAUACCUCUUUCAUCUCCAAAUCAGUUUCUUUAUUCAACUUGUAGCAUGUGUUUUCUAUGAAUUGUAUUUUCAAAAUCAGGUUAAGCGUCUUUCAGGCUGCCUCAAGUCUCCAAAAUCUGAAUAGAUUGACAUACAAAAAUAACCUAAACAUUUGUCCGAUUAAAUCCAUCACACGGUAUCACUAAAAUUAAUUGGAACACUGAGUUCAUGUAACAGUAUUUACAUUAUUUUGUUAGGAUAUUUAAGGUUUUUUUGUUAUACACCCCACAAAAUGUAUUUACAAAUAAGAUUAAAAAUAGUUUUUAAUAGUUGAGAUGUCAUUUUUAUAACUUCUUUACAUUGUUUUGGCAUUAAGUCAUGCAUGAAGUUUUGUUGACAUAUAUAAUAUAAAAAUUGGGAGUUGUUGACAUCCAACUGAAAAUGUUCAAGUUGUAAUCCCUGUUGUAAUACUUACUACAAUUAGAUAAGUAUAAGAAUUCAGAUACAGACCAAAGGCAUUUUCUUUUCUAGAUAUUCAAAGUCUAAAGCUAAUUUGAAUACACAACAUAAUUAAUAGAUCAUAUUAAACAAUUGUGAAAUAUGUUAUUGAAUAAUGUUUGACUUCACAAGCACUUUGAGAUAAAAUAUAGGACAUACUCCAUUAGUUACAAACCAAUGCAAUCUGAAAUCCUGCAAUCUAUUUGUAAUAAUUCUAAAAGUAUUAAAAAACUGUAUGAACAUUUAUCUAAAGAUAAAAUGAGAUUUUUAUGAUAAUUAACAUUAGACCUGAGCAAUUUGCAUUCAUAACGUAUCUUAUCCCUGAUGUUUGAUUUCAAACACAUGAUUAAUGGUUUUAAUUCAAUCUCUGAGUAUAUGGGGAAUUUAAUGACAUUUCAAACCACAAAAUUCCAUAUUUUUUAAUCCUAAUUUUUUGCCAUUUUCACAAUUUAUUAGCAAUAGGAUACUAGUAUUUAAUAAUCUUGAAUUGGGAGAACGAUCCUACUAAACUUUGAAUGCACCAAACAGGAGGCUCUAUGUUGAACUGUAAUAAAUAGCCUAUGUUUUAAAUAUUCUUUUUCUGUUUGCAAUAAUUAUCAAGAAUAUUACUGUUUGAUUAAUAUUCUGAUAUACAGUAGCUCAGUGGCUCAGUUCUAAUACUUUUUUAUAAUAUUAUUCAAUUAAGCACAAAAUGAGAGUAAUAAAGAUGCUUAAUAAUCAUCCAAGAUUGUUUACCGUAAUACCAAAAUGAAACAGUGAAUUCUAUUGUAUUCUAAUAUUAAGGGAGUUAGUGUACUUUAACAAUGUCUAAAAGUGUAAGUAUAGUUAUUUUAGUUGAAUAUGACAAUUCCACUUAUCACUAUAAUGUUUGAUGGACAGUAUUUAUUAUUUAUGUACUUCUGAAGCUUUCAAGUAAAUAGUUUAAUAAACUGUACAGAUAUUGUACGUUUUAGUAUAAGAUGUAUCGUCUGAUGUUAAUCUUUAUACAUUUUUAUGCCUAGUUUCUUGUCUAUUGUUGUGUGAACAAAUUCAUGAUUGAUCAGUAUUUCUCUGUAAACCAAAUGAUUCGUUGUGAGACAUAUUAUUUAAAUGCGAAUAAGAUGUAUGAUAUUAAGCGUAAAAUAUUGUUAAUACACUGUGAUUUUAA